AUGCGCAAACAACUCAAACGUCGCACUCCCCAUGACGAGUCCACCACUGAGUCCGCUCAGCGCGAGUACGAUGCCAAGACUUCAGCGCCGCCUCGAAAGGCCGCUCGCGUAAUCGUGGAAGACGACUAUGGCGAUGACGACAGUGACGAGGAAGAUGACACUGCCAAACAAAGCCCGCUCAAGUCCAAGGGUGCUUCUACCCUCACUACCACCGCCACACGCUCCCCCGCACCAUCAACCAUACCCCCACCUCACCGAAGCAAUACCGCCACUUCCACCGAACCCGCCAAAAGCUCCGAAGAUGUGCGCAAACAGUUGGAGGAGGACAAGAAGUUGGCUGCAGAAUCAGCGAAGCGCACCUUUCAGGGCAUGUACUUCACCUUUGAGUAUGAUGCAGAUGCCAUGCUUGAGCAGCAGAAGUUGGAUGAGCUGGAUCGCGAGGUGGAGAAUGAGAUUUCAGGUGGGCCCAACACCUCAUCAGGGGCACAACAAGGAGCUGGCUCAUCAUCGGGUGCCGCAGCCACACAAGGCACGUUGGGCAGUGCAGAUCUCGGCGCAUCGAGCCUGACCCUCAAGCACCUCAUCGCACGCAUUGACUCAAAGCGCUUCCUGGUCAAGGCUUCAGAUAACCAACUCAGAACGCUCAUCUCGGAAGUUAGAAAGGGUCGCAGCAAAUGGGCGUCGGAAGAUCGAGUGGGGCAGGAGGAGCUCUACGAAGCGGCGGAGAAGGUUCUCAUGGAGCUCAAGGCCAUGACCGAGUAUGCUCAGCCCUUCCUCCAACGCGUGAACAAACGCGACGCUCCCGACUACUUCAACGUCAUCAAAUACCCCAUGGACAUCGGCACGAUGCUCAAGAAGCUCAAGUCCUUUGCGUACAAGAGCAAGAAGGACUUUGUGGACGACCUGAACUUCAUCUGGAGCAAUUGUCUCAAGUACAAUCAAGACCCCGCGCACCCGCUCCGCAAGAAAGCACUCUACAUGCGCAAGGAGACGGACAAACUCACCCCACUCAUCCCCGAGAUCACCGUGCGUGACCGGGCAGAGGUUGAGGCCGAGGAACGCCGACAGCAUGCCCUGGAUGCGGAUGAAAGUGACGAUGAUGACGCCCCCAUCAUGGCAUCGAGAGGAAGGACGGCUCCCAAGAAAGGGGUAAAGGGUGGAUCGGCCUCAUCAAAGCGGCCGCCUACCUUGGCUGUGGAUGAACUGUCAUCUACGCCGGCGCCCGAUCCCAAACCAGCAAUGCACCCUCUGGCUUCCGGACUUCGCAAUGGAGCUCUGCGUGCGGACUCUGAAGUUCACGACGCCAGUUCAGCAGGCUUCAAUACCCCGCCCCCGGGAAACGCCACGCCGUUGGGCUCGUUAGGCGUUAACGGCGUGCAUGGGAGCGGCGCACCAGGCAGUCAAGCCGAUAUCACGGAAGUGGAUGCUACCGGUGCAUCAAUCGUGAGCUCAACGGAAGACGCAGAAGAAGACGACACGGAAUUCAAGGGGUGGAAGCAGGUCACGAAGAAGGACCGCGCACAGGCCGCCGCCGAGCGUCACCGUCUGUUCGUUGGCGAGCAGUUGAAACACAUCAACGUCGACGAACCUGCACUGCUCAGAACGAAAGCGGGCAUGCGCAGGUGGAUGCGACAGCAGAAGAUGGCGCCAUCCGAGCGACCGUCCGCAGAAGGAGAGAUGGAUGAGGGAUUUGGUGAUGUGGAACAGACCGCGCAAGGCGAGACACUUGCUGAAGGGAUUGAGAAGGACGAAGAUUCCACCCUUCCCGACUACUACACCUCCCUCUCCGCCAUUCCCGACAUUGACGCGAAGUUGAAAUGGAUUACCGACUCUGAAGGCUACGCCGUGCCACAAACAGAUGAAUGCAUGCGCAUGUUCCCUCGCGAGCAGUUCAAGUCUCCCGAAAGCACAUUCACGAAGAAGAUGGAAGCCAACAUUCGCCAAAUGCAAGAGACGCGGAAGAUCUGCUCGAAGAUUGGUGUCGUGAAGCAGAUGCAGAUCCAGGCACAGACCUACCAGAACCAAUUCCAGAAGUACGAGCCUCAGCCGUUUGUCGAGCAGGACGUCGGGCCUGUUGUUGUGUCAGACGACGGACCCAUCAUGGCUCCGUGGGUCUGCCGCGCGGCAUUCAAGCGCAGUAUCGGCAAAGUCUUCUAUCAGGCUGGCUUCGAGGAAUUCCAACCCUCCGCGAUGGAGGCCAUGACCGACAUUGCAUCCGACUACUUUGGCGCGCUGGUGAACAGCUUCAAGAAAUUCCGCGAGCCGAGCAAAGACGACGAAGGUCGCCCUCGCUUCACCUUUGAAGAGCAAGUCUUGCAUGCUCUACAUGAGAAUGGCCUGGAUAUGGAAGCGCUUGAGACGUACGUCAAGGACGAUGUUGACCGGCUGGGCUCGAAGCUGGGCGUGGUGCAUGAGCGGAUGAAGUCGCAUCUUGCAGACUUGCUUCGCCCCGCACUUGGCGACAGCGCAGGUGUCGAUGGUGUCGGCGCCUUCAACGACGGCAGCGAGCAGUUUGUGGGUGGCGACUAUGCCGAAGAAAUUGGAGAAGACUUUUUCGGCUUCCGCGAACUCGGCCUGGCCGACGAGCUUGGCUUAGAGUCGCUCAGUGUGCCUCUCCACCUGCUGCAGAACCGCGUGCACAGCGCCUACCAAUCGCAGAAUCAAGGUCCUGUGGCUACGACCGGCCUCACCUUCGAGCCCCCGCCUGCCUACGAACCGAUUACAGUCGACAACCUGUCCAAUCAGAUUGGCUUGGUGCACGACUUUUUUCGCGAGAAGCUGCGCAAGAACCACGACGAGCCUUUGGUCGAAGACGAAGACUUGCCGCAGAAGCAACGCUUCCCGAAACCGCGCCUGCCGCCUACGGGCAAGAUCAGCUCCCCGCGGAAGCGUCCGUUGCGCGAGCAGCAGCAGGCCGCGAAGAAGAAGCGUAAAUUGGAAGAGAGCGGGCUGGGCAAUAAUCAGAAGUCUCAACAGCCGCCCAUCUCGAAGCUGAAGUUGGACUUGCCGCCUCCUACCACCACCCGACAUGCACCAGACGAUUCCAAUUCCGCGGUCGAUCCGGAGAAGGAUGGCGAUGUGGGGACUGCCGACAACAACGCGUUGAUCAGUCCCGAGAGCAUUGCUGCUAAUUAG